GGGAGGAGGGGAGACAGAGAGAGAAGGGGGGUCGGGGAGGCCCAGCUUUAUAAAGGCGCCUGGAGCAGUCCUGCCCGCCAGACCCCGUCGCGGAGAUCCCUUGCGCUGCCCGCCAUCCCACGUGACCGCGCCGCCCCCAGCUCCACCGCGAAGCUCGUUCGUCAUGGCCCUCUUAGGGGCCCUCUUCCUAGCGCUGCUGGCAGGCGCACACACGGAGCUCCCGGGCUGCAAGAUCCGUGUCACCUCCAAGGCGCUGGAGUUGGUGAAACAGGAGGGGCUGCGGUUUUUGGAGCACGAGCUGGAGAAUAUCACCAUUCCCGAUUUACGAGGCAGAGAAGGACACUUCUACUACAACAUCUCUGAGAUGAAAGUGACAGAGCUACAGCUGACAUCUUCUGAGCUCCAUUUCCAGCCAGAGCAGGAGCUGAUGCUACAAAUCACCAAUGCCUCCUUGGGGCUGCGCUUCCGGAGACAGCUGCUCUAUUGGUUCUUCUAUGACGGAGGCUACAUCAAUGCCUCAGCUGAAGGUGUGUCCAUCCGCACUGGUCUGGAGCUCUCCCGGGAUCCUACUGGCCGGAUCAAAGUGUCCAAUGUGUCCUGCCAAGCUUCCGUCUCCAGAAUGAAUGCAGCUUUUGGGGGAACCUUCAAGAAGGUGUAUGAUUUUCUCUCCACAUUCAUCACUUCAGGGAUGCGCUUUCUCCUCAACCAGCAGAUCUGCCCCGUACUCUACCAUGCAGGGAUGGUCCUGCUCAAUUCCCUCUUGGACACCGUGCCUGUACGUAGUUCUGUGGAUGAGCUCGUUGGCAUCGACUACUCCCUCCUAAAGGACCCUGUGGCUUCCAGCAAUCUGGACAUGGACUUCCGGGGGGCUUUCUUCCCCCUGAAUGAGGGGAACUGGAGCCUCCCUAACCGGGCAGUGGAGCCCCAACUGCAGGAGGAGGAGCGGAUGGUGUAUGUGGCCUUCUCUGAGUUCUUCUUCGACUCUGCCAUGGAGAGCUACUUUCGGGCAGGGGCCCUGCAGCUGUCACUGGUGGGGGAUAAGGUGCCCCAUGAUCUGGACAUGCUGCUGAGGGCCUCCUACUUUGGGACCAUCGUCCUACUGAGUCCAGCAGUGAUCGACUCCCCACUGAAGCUAGAGCUGCGGGUCAUAGACCCACCGCGCUGCACUAUCAAGCCCUCAGGCACCACCAUCUCAGUUACUGCCAGUGUCAGCAUUGCCCUGGUCCCGCCCAACCAGCCUGAGGUCCAGCUGUCCAGCAUGAUCAUGGAUGUCCGUCUUAGUGCCAAGAUGGCCCUCCGGGGGAAGGCACUGCGCGCGCAGCUGGAUCUGCGUAGGUUCCGAAUCUACUCGAACCAGUCUGCACUGGAGUCACUGGCACUGAUCCCGCUGCAGGCCCCUCUGAAGGCCAUGCUGCAGAUUGGGGUCAUGCCCAUGCUCAAUGAGCGGACCUGGCGUGGAGUACAGAUCCCACUGCCUGAGGGUAUCAACUUUGUGCAAGAGGUGGUGACAAAUCAUGCGGGCUUCCUCACCAUUGGGGCUGACCUCCACUUUGCCAAAGGUCUGCGAGAGGUGAUUGAGAAGAACCGGCCUGCCAGUGCCAAGGAUGCCCAGACAUCUAGUGCCCCCCCACCAUCCACGGCAGUUGCCUGAGCCCUCAACCCCCCACCCUGGUGGCUGCAUUCAGGACUCCAAUCCCUCUCAGCCCCUCUCGCUCCAUGUCCACUGCCUGUAGUGCCCGCUUUAACCCCCAGUGCCACGGAAAAGAUGGGGUUUGAAGCUGUGCUCAAUUUAAUUCCAUACUUAGUCAAUCCAUCAAUUAUAGUCCAUCCCUCCCCUC